AUUGGGCAUUGUUGAGAUGAAUACAUUCGCUUGUCAUUCAAAAGCCUGUUGCAACUUGAAUAGCCUCACCAUAAUAACCAUAGUGGUAAUGAACAUUGUAUACCCUUCCUGUAGUUUUUUCUAAAUACGACUCCGGAAAUUGCAACUGAUGUCAAAAAAAUCUCUGACCGCAAACUUGCACACUGUGAUAAAAAGAACCUCAUCACAAAGUAGGUUACAAAGUAAGACCGUGUUCCCCUUAGCAAACGAAUCAUCAAACGUUCUCUGACAAAUAACCAUCUAUCGUCGAUGUAGGAAAGGGCAUAUUUUAAGACCUUUACUUUCUUAGUCUGCAAUUCGGCCUAUAGAUGGUGACUAUAGAUAUGGCUAUAAUAUGAUAGACCCAAUGCACUUCCGUGAGGUUGAAUGUAAAAAGUGACUUUAAACAAAUUCAUAAAACAUUGUUUUAUUAUUUAAUAGUGUGCAAAGUUAGACAAUAGAAGAUGUGAGUUUCUGUAUUUCAUUAGAAAAUAUGUGUCUUUUAAUUAUCAAUGUCCAUGGGUUUAUCAUGAAAGCUACCACACAUUGCUUAUGUCUCAAUCUGGCUUUAACGCAUGCAUGGAGUAACCUACUUUAGUUUGUCUAUCACCAUAAUAUGUUCAGAAAAUCGAAACUUUCUUUGGCCUUUUAUGUCAAAAUAAAUUCAACUAAAUAAAUAUCCCAGCUGAGAUGAUCCCAAGCCCUUUACAAGGCACAGCAUUAAUAGCCUACUAGUACGCCUAGAUUUAGUAUGCAUUUUCUGUCUUAUUCAUUUAAAUGUUUCCUCAUUUGUGAAAGGAAAUAACGAAAUAUAUUUUAACUGUCCCUUCAGUCCACUGAACAAUGUUUAGGCCCAUUUUUAUGUAUUAAGAUAAUCUAAGAGACAUUUUGAUUAAGGUUAUAGCAUUGUAAUAUUCUGGAGUUUUUCAUUGUGUCAUUCAGUUGGUAAACCAGUUGACUUGAUGAUGGACUCUUCAUCAUUAGGCCGGCCAGGAGGUUGUGUAACUCGAAACCCCUUGUGUCCUUGUUUGGAGACGGGGGGUCCCAAUCACGACUCGUGUGUCUCCCACACCGUGCACGACUUGGCAGCUCACUUUUCCAGAUGUAUUUUUUCUCUGCUGGGGAAAAUUGCGGUGUUUGUUUAUACAAGGCGCUUGUGUGGGCCUUAUCUGCUCAGGCCACUCACACCGUGAUUUCAGAGCUUCAGCAUGUAGUUUACGGGCUAUUGUUCUGUCGAAUGGCUUCAAAAGAUAUGCUCAUGGCCUCCCACCUCAUUAUAAGCAACUUGCAAUUUCUGAUUUUUAAAACACCCUAUCUGUCCUCCGCCCAGGCUGGCAUGGGUUUAUGCUUAGUCGAUGUUGCCAAGCAUAGAAAAAGGUAAUGAUUUCCAUAGAUUUUUUUAAUGAACAAGUCAAUAGCCAAUUGAUAGGCAUUACAGGCGUUUUGGUGUAGCCUAUUAGGUCGCUAUUGACCUAAUUGGGGGAAAACAUUUUCUCAGUACAUUGGCUAGUUUUAUAUUGGCCUAAUUUAAAUAAAAUAACUUGUAGAUCAAGUUGUAUUCCUAUAAAAUAUAUAUAUGAAUAUACUAAUAAACUCUCCAUACAUUAUAUGAUCGUGAAUGGGUUGUCAAUUUAUCAUGGGAGUAAGAUAGCCAAUUGGGCAUGCAAUAUUAAUUAGAUUUUGGGCGCUCAAUUGACCAUUUUAUGAUACAUUUUUGUGAAUGGGUGUGUGUCUGGCUGCCAAAUCUGUGUUCGUGAGUCGUGGCUGACGUCACGGCCAGUUAAACAGCAGUUUUUUGGGACCGGGGAGUCACGAAGCAAGAGGACACAUUCCUUUGCACCGGGGAGCAGGCACGCCCCUCAAAGCUCCGCUGCUUUAUAACGGGACUGGGUCGGGCAGAGGGAGACAACACAACUGUAACUCUGAACUCCAAGUGGAAGCAACUGUUCCCGUCAAAUACGUACUGGGAUACCAUCCUGAAAUCCAACGAGAGAAACAUAGACACCAGAGACUCUAAAAUAAAGAUGGAUAUGUACCAAGCUGGAUAUUAUAUGGAAGAUUUCAGGACACAGGAAGUCCCUGCUGGUUUGGACUUUGCAUCAUAUGACUACAGUGAUGAAGACCUGUCUUUUCUAUUAGACAGUAAAGGACCCGAGCAGCAGUAUCCAGAGAGUUAUGGGGAGCUGCAGAAGAAUCCAUGUCCGUACGACAACAAAGUAACCUCCAGUGACUCUGUCCUGUUCAACCUGGAUUCAUACCCAGAGUUUAACUGUUGGGCAUCAUACCCAAGUGAUGGGCUGACUUUGGACCAGUCUCAAGCGGGGUUCCAGGAUUCCACCCAGACGUACCACAGCCUUGUGCCCCUGUGUUCUCCAGCCCAGAGUGGACAGUUCAGCCCGGGCAUGGAGGAUGCCAGCACCAGCAACUCCUUCCUCCCUGGAAAAGGAACGAGCCACAGCGGGUCCCCCAGCACUGUCAGCCUGGACCACCUCAGUGAAGCUGAACAAAGCUACACCCGUCGCUCAGGUGAACAACUGUACGACUCAGAAGCACAGAAGACGUCACCCUCCUUCUGGCCAGACUACCCCUCUCCCAGCUACAGCGCAUCCCUGCUGCCCCCUCACCACCCUCCAUCUUGUUCCUCAACCCCUGGACCACAGCAGCCUUCAGAGCAAUACUGCCCCCGUGUGGCCAAACGCAAAAAUACACACUCUCAAAGACACGAGAGGGAAAGAGGACAAGUGAUGGGAAUGUCAGUUUAUCCAGGAUCAGGGCCCAUCCAAUUGUGGCAGUUCUUACUGGAGCUGCUUCUAGACUCCGCCUGCUGUACCUUCAUCUGCUGGACAGGAGACGGUUGGGAGUUCAAGAUGUCCGACCCAGCAGAGGUGGCCAAGCGCUGGGGCCAGUGUAAGAACAAGCCCAAGAUGAACUACGAGAAGCUGAGCCGUGGCUUGCGCUACUACUACCACAAGAACAUCAUCCACAAAACGACGGGCAAGCGCUACGUCUACCGCUUCGUCUUGGACGUGCAGGGGAUGCUGGGAAAGACGGCACAGGAGGUCCUGGCCAGCCUGAACAUUUUACCCACGGGGACAGAGUCCUCCUGGCAAGGCCAGGGGGCACCAGUAUCAUCACCAGUGUCCAGCGAAGCAUGGGCGUCGCAGUAGAGGGAGUGUACCAGCAGCACUGGUUCUCAUUGGUGCUAUUGUCUCUUGAUAGUGUUAUGGCUACAUCACUAGAAAUAUGCUAUGUAAAACAAGCAUGCCUCUUUGACAUGUAGAAAAUGAAUAACAUCGGCUCUAUUCAUGGGAUUUCUAUCUGCAACAUUAGACAAUGUUCGGUGUAAAACUUUUAUUACCAAGUGAUACAGUAGUAGCCAUAGCUGUGGGAAGUAGGCGUGUUGAGGUUGCUGCAGCACUACUAAAAAGUAUGUAGUAGCCUUCAAUUUGAUUAGGUUUUAGUGUAUGACUUACCUCCUAUUAACAUCAGCAGAAUAAGAGCUCAAUGAAACGGUAAGCCCAGCUGUCUCCAAUACUAAUGUUCUUUAUGGUAAUGACAUGGUUAGUGAUGAACAAUCCUCCUCCAUCCUCAAGUACUUCUUGCCCCCUCUAAAAUAAUGGGUGCAUGACACCCCUGCUUAGCACCCAUGCUGUUGAACAAUGUUUGACAUUAACUUUGACUGUGAGGAUCUGUCUAUUUUUAUACUCUUACAUAUCUACCUCUUUUAUUGCUGACAAAAUAAAGCUAAGAGGGACAAUGCUUGUUCUGUUGAAUAUAAUGUGUGAUUUACAUGAUUUAGGGAACACUGUUGUUUGUAAAAUGAUUGUAAAUAAACUGUACAUAACUUGAAAAUACUA